AUGCCAUGCCGGCCCAGGGCAUCUAUAGUACUGAGCCAUGCAUGUUACAUAAGGGUGACCGAGAUUCUGCAGUCGAGGGUAGGACAUGUGCUUCUGCGGCGCCAGCAGCUACAGCAUGCUCAGCCCAGGCUGGUGAUGAAGUAUCCACAGCAGCACAGUCGGAGCCCAAGCGAGUUGCAGCAUCAGUCGGCAGAUCCCACAGAUUCACUGCGACACCGUUACUGCUAUUCAGAACUUCGGCUGAGCAUGGGCGGCUGCCGCAUGAGCUGCUACGCAUCUGCUUCUGCUACUUGCAUCGUGCUUCGCUUGGUCUCGUCGCGUGCUUUACAGGUCACAGCUGCAGAGGGCCUUGCGCAGAAUGGUUGCCGAAUCACCUGGGCAGCCCUUCGAGUCGCUUUGUUAUGA